UUUUUUUUUUUUUCAUACAAAUUCAAUUUCUAUUCUUUUUUUAUAUAUAUUUAAUUCACUUUAAUCAAUUGAAGAAAAAAUGAAAUUCUCUCAAGCUUGUAUCUUUAUUGUAGUUCUUUUAGCUGUCAUCAGCAAUGUCGUAGCAAAGAGCUGCAAAUACACUUUCAAUGAAUCCAAGAUCAAGGCUUCUUCUUCUCACCUUAGAAUUCGUGGAAAGCCUAGCCUCGAUGGCAGCAGCUGUACCGAAACAACCAUUACUGUCAACCUUGAAUCCUCAGCCUCAUUCAAAGAUGAAAAUGAUGUCCGUCAUUCUGGUAGCAAAUGUACCAUCUCUGCCAAAUGGUAUGACAGCCCUGAAAGAUACAAUGAUGCAAAGUACAAGAGAGAAGUCUAUGUUCCUUUCAGCAAAAUUUCCAAGAUCAAGUGUAACAAGGAUAGCUCCAGUCCAGCAAAAACCACAAAGAAAUCUAAGAAGACUACCAAGAAGAAGACUACCACCAAGAAGAAGACCACCAAGAAGACUACUAAGAAGACCACCAAGAAGAAGACCACCAAGAAGACUACCAAGAAGACUUCCCAAUCUAGCGGUGGCGGUGGUGGAUACACUGGUACUGCUACUUUCUUCACUCCUAACCAAGGUGCCUGUGGUGACUGGAACGAUAACAAUGAUUUAAUUGCUGCUCUUAGUGGAAGUCUCUAUGGUUCUUAUAGCAAGAAGAGUAGCGUCUGUAACAAGAAGGUCAAGGUUACUAACAAGGACAAUGGCAAGAGUGUCACAGUUACCAUCAAGGAUGCUUGCGAAAGUUGUGCCAAGAGCCAUAUUGAUCUUUCUCCCGCUGCAUUCGGUCAAAUUGGUGCAUUCAGUAAGGGUGUUCUCAAGGUCGAAUGGCAUUUCCUUUAAAGCGACAGCUCUCAAUUGUCUCCAUGACACACACACACAUUCAUUCCAUUCAUUUGUAAAGUUCAAAUUUUGUGAUAUGAGUUGAUCUCAUAUUCCAUUCAAUAUAAAACCUCCAUUCCCUAACUCCUUCUUUGUCUUUAUUUUCCUCCCCUCCCCUUCAUAAAGUAGAUUGUGUUCCUCUCACCUGUACACACAAUUCCUAUCUUAUAGUACAUAUAAUACAAACAUUAUCUACCACAUCAUUAUCUCUCCCAUUCCGGUUAUUAAUACCUUAGAAAUAAAUAUUUUUAUUCCAUAAUUAAA